UCAUGCAUCACAUGUAUCUCCAGUGAAACUUGAAGUUCGUCCCGCCGCAUUCAUUGAACACAAACCAUCUAACCACCGCAGUUUCUCUAUUAGCGCUGACAUGUGCUUACAUCUGCGGUAUUUUCAGGCUGUUAGCGCUCAACACAUUGAGGACGAGGCAGAGACUCGCCUCUCUGAGCGUCUGUUCGAGGGGUAAACAAGAUAAGGAACGGGCAGAUUUUUACUCAUGAGGAUCCCUCCUUGCAAUAGACGAUCUUUGGACACUGGGACCAGUCUCUGGAGCUUAUCGCCAUGGCCACACACUGUAUCAGACACUGUGUCACACGCCUCCACACACUCUGCACGGUCCUGUCCACACACGCCUCCUCAUUGAAAGCCUCGCAGCGGCGUGUAGCCGUUGUCCUGCGGUCCACCAGGGGGCGCUGCAGCUCAUCGGGGAGCGGGGAUGUGGGUGAGCUGAGGACACUGCUGCAGCUCUGUGUGGACAGACACUUCGUCUCACCGGGUCACACCAACACCGAGCUGUUCGGCCGCGGGCUGAGCUGCAGCUAUGGGCCCUUGGGCAUGGAGCUGAGGAGGAACCUGCUGGAGCAGUGGUGGCUCUCAAUGAGCCGGGCCAGAGCUCAGCUGUUUGGGAUAAACACCCUGAGCAGCAGCCGCAGGGACGGAGACACCGAGGCAGGGGGACAGCUCAGGAUGGUUCAGCCUGAGAGUUUAAGACAAAUAUUUGAGCAGCAGCAUCUGAGCAAGGAGCAGAUGAUCCAGGAGGUGCAGACGCUCCUUCAGAGGUCCCCAUCCGUGAGAACAAACCUACUUCAAGGUGCCUUGGAAGAGUUUGUCCCCUCGGUGGAGCUGGUGAACAGGAAGUUGCCUUUCGGCCUGGCUGAGACGGGUCUGUGUUUUCAGCCCUCAGACGGGUCUGGUUGCCCUGCUGAGGUCAGCCAGGCGUCUCUGGUGUGGUUCUGCUCUCCUCGCACCUCUUCCCAAUGGCUCGAUCACUGGGCACGACAGAGGUUGAAAUGGUGGAGAAAAUUUUCCCUGUCCCCCUCCGACUUCAGCAGCAGCGAAGUCCCGGCAGAUGAACUUGUGGGGGCGGCGUCACGAGGUGUGAGGAUCGUCUACAACUUCCCGUGGGGACCAGAGCCCCUGGAGACACUGUGGAACCAAGGAGAUGCUGAGCUGCUGCAGACACACAAAGGAGUCUGGACAAAGUUGCAGUGUCGAAACGGGCGCAAGUCGGUCCCUCACGUCGUCUCCGUGACCGGGAACAUGGACCGAGGGUUGAUGGCCUUUCUGUCCAACUCGCUGCAGCUGCUGAAGAAAGGAGACAGCAAGCAGAGGCUGCCGCAGAGAAAGGUUCUGAAGUUGCAUCCUGUGUUGGCUCCAGUCAAAGUGGCUUUAGACAUUGGCAGAGGAGGAACUAUGGAACUGAGACAGGUUUGUGAAGGCCUUCUGCAGGAAUUCAUGGAGUCUAAGAUCUCUGUGUGGCCCGGGUACCUUGAAACUGUGCCAACAUCAAUGGAGCAGCUGCACGCCAAGUACGAUGAGAUGGGAGUGCUCUUCACCGUGGUGAUCAGUGACAACACGUUGGAGAGUGGACUCCUUCAGGUCCGCAGCAGAGACACCACCAUCAAAGAAACCAUGCACAUCUCUGAGAUCAAGAACUUUCUCUCCAGAUACAUUUCUGCUGCCGACAAAAUCUGAAUGGACGACUUGUUGGGCGAAAACAAAAAUAGCAGAUUGAAUAUUGUAUAUAUAAUACUGAAUAUUGUGCUGUCUCAAUUCUAGACACACAACUAUUGUACAUCUGCAAGUGCUGAACAGUGAAUGUAAUAAAAAUAAAAACCUUUUUAUCAGUGUGACCCAAGCGGAAACUGUGGAUUUGACUGAUGGAUGACCACACUGUAGAACAUCUGCAAGGCAGAGGGACUCAUCACGACUUAGUUCUGAGUCCAUGUGCACACACCCAUUGUGCAUGUACUUACCAUCUCUUACUGGGUGUAGCCUAAGGACUCUCACAUCCUUCAGCCCAAAUGCAAAGAGGUGGAUAAUAUGUUUUUCAACCCUGUCCAGUUGCUUGCAAGGUUACACAAAAAACAACUACAAGGAUUUCUACAGAACCUCGAGUCAGGAUGUGGGUGAGGGGAGAACUUUUGGUGCGUAUCUGGAUCAGGUGGCAGAUUUUAUUUUAUUGCUUUAUUUAAUAACAUUGGGAAAUUUGUUACAUUUAGGGACCUUAACUCAAUGAGUGACAUUUGGCGCUGUUGGGCCUUGGGGGAGGUAUGUGUGCUCUCUCUCUGAGAGAAAGAGAGAGAUCAGCCUUUUAUAUUGUUUUUUUUCUGUGUAUU